GAAAAAUAAGGAGGAGGGAGCUUAUUAUGUCAAGAAUCCCUGAUAUAAGCACGCGAUUUUACAAAACAGACGUAUAGUUGUUUAAAACAACAGUUCUCCCUAAGUUUCGCUCGUGAAAGCUGUAUUAUAAAUUGUAUCAUAGAAAUAUUAUAAUAAUAUUAUAAACAACGAAUAUAUGCAAAAUUUGAAUUUCAAAAAGUUUUAGUGUGAAAUUUAACAUUGGAACACACUAAUAAACGUUGCAAUUCCACUUAUAUGGCAUGCAUGUAUAUGCAUAAAUUAAAUAUAACAUGUAUAGAUGUAAAAAUGAUUGGAAAUCUUGUAUUAUACAGCAUGAUAGUGGAUCUGAAAGUGCACCUUUAUUCUCUUCAGGAUCUCAUACUAGUAUAGAACCCAGUAUAUUUCAAGAUUCUGAAACCACUGAUUUAGACUGCACCCCUACAAAUAGCUAUUUCAAGUAUGGUAGUUUAGAAAGUUGUAGUCACCAUUCUAACAUUACUGUAGUACCAAAGAGACCACCACCCCUUGCUGAAAAUCAUACUUUAGUUACACCUUUAGUAUUAAACACUUCCUCCUCCUUAAACGUAAGACAAGGCAGAUGUUAUGAAAUCCAUAAUACUGAUCUGGAAGCUGAAGAAGCUACAUGCAAGGAUAUUAAAUCAAAACAAAGCUCUCUAGUCACAAUAUUUUCAAUAUGGAACACAAUAUUAGGCUCCUCCUUAUUAACAAUACCAUGGGGUAUUCAAAUGGCUGGUUUCUUUCCUGGUAUUAUUCUAAUACUUGUGAUGAGUGGUUUAUGUCUAUAUACUGCUUAUUGUCUCCUACUUGUACAUAAAUAUUAUGGUGGGCAAAAAGGUAUAGAAGUAAUUCAAUUAUGUCGGAUAUAUCUUAACAAGUGGGCAGAAUAUGUUGCCAAAGCUUUUAGCAUUACAGUUUUAAUAGGUGCAACUAUAGCUUACUGGGUUCUAAUGUCUAAUUUCUUAUAUAAUUCUGUAGAUUUCAUAUAUGAUAGUUUAGUCGGAAUAUCCCAGUACUAUACAAAUGAUAAUAUUUCAUACACAUCAGAAGUACUAUGCCCAAAAAGAAUAAUCUAUAAUAACACAAAUUUAAUAAUUCAUGAUUAUACAUAUAAUACUUUGAGACCAAUUUGGGAUCUGUAUAAAACAGUUCCUAUUUUCCUUGGUUUAUUAAUAUUUCCGUUUUUAAAUUUUAAUAGUCCUACCUUUUUUACAAAAUUUAAUUCUCUUGGAACCAUGUCAAUCAUAUAUUUGAUUACCUUUGUUUUGAUUAAAUCAUACUCAUGGGGCAUUAAUAUGAAUGAAAUAGAGUGGAACACAAGUUGGACGUUGAAAUUUUCAUUUCCUGCACUUUCUGGAAUGUUAGCAUUGUCAUUUUUCAUUCACAACAUUAUAAUUACUGUGAUGCAAAACAAUCAUGAUCAAAGUAAAAAUGGAAGAGAUCUUUCAAUAGCCUAUCUAUUGGUUACUCUAACUUAUAUUGUAGUAGGAGUAGUAUUUUAUGUAUGUUUUCCACUGAACAAAUCAUGCAUUGAAGAUAAUUUGUUGAAUAAUUUUCAAAAAUGGAAUGGCUUAACAGUAGGUGCUCGAAUUGUUCUUCUUUUCCAAUUAUUAACCGUUUACCCGUUACUUGCGUACAUGUUACGUGUUCAAUUACUUACAUCAACGUGUAAGACAUUUAAUACAGGUUGUGUUAUUCUAGUUAACAUUAUUUUGGUAUCUAUAUGCAUUUUAUUUGCAGUGUUUGUACCAUAUAUUGGUACAAUAAUACGAUAUACAGGUGCCUUGAGUGGUUUUAUUUAUGUUUUUACUUUACCAAGUUUAUUAUACUUGGCAAUUUUGAAACAACAAAAAAAAUUGACAAUAUUUUCUACACUUUUACAUACAAGUAUUCCAAUAUUUGGAUUUUUAAAUUUAUUAGCUCAAUUUUUCAUUGCAGAAUAUUAAAAAUGUUGAAACUUAAAUUU